CCUUUAGUCUAUUUUCAGCCCACAACUUCAGAGUUCUUUCUGUCCCCAUCCUACCUCAGUUCUCUAUCACUGUUCCUGUGUUCACAGUCCACGGUUGUGGAGCUCAGCGUGUGCCCUGAAGAGAGGAUGUUCCAGGCCAGAGCUGUGAUCCUGAGCACCCUCUUCCUGGCUUUCUUGCUGAGUCUCCAAGGAGCUGGGGCCAUCAAGGCGGACCAUGUCUCAACUUAUGCCAUAUUUGCACAAACCCACAGCCCAUCAGGGGAGUAUAUGUUUGAGUUUGAUGAGGAUGAGCAGUUCUAUGUAGAUCUGGACAAGAAGGAGACCAUCUGGCAUCUGCCGGAGUUUGGACGAGCCUUUAGCUUUGAUGCUCAGGGUGGAUUGACUAAUAUUGCUAUAGCAAAUUCAAACUUGAAUAUUCUGAUCAAGAGGACCAACCGUACCCAGGCACCCAAUGAUCCUCCUGAGGUGAUUGUGUUUCCCAAGGAGCCCGUAGAGCUGGGCGAGCCCAAUGUCCUCAUCUGCCAUGUGGACAGGUUCUUCCCACCUGUGCUCAAUGUCACCUGGCUUCGGAAUGGGCAGCCAGUCACUGUGGGUGUUUCCGAGAGCAUCUUCCUGCCCCGCACAGACUACAGCUUCCACAAGUUCCACUACCUGACCUUCCUUCCCAACACUGAGGACGUCUACGACUGCAAGGUGGAGCACUGGGGCCUGGACGAGCCGCUCCUCACGCACUGGGAGCCCCAGGAGCCCAUCCAGGUGACAGAGACAAUGGAGACCGUGGUCUGUGCCCUGGGCCUGGUCGUGGGCCUGGUGGGCAUCACUGUGGGGACUGUGCUCAUCAUCAGGGCUCUGCAAUCCAGUCGCGACCCCCGGGCCCAGGGUCCCCUGUGACGAAAUUCCUGAAAAGAAGAUUUAGGAAAAAUUUGAAUUCCAAGUUCUCUCCAAACUGUAGUCUCAGCUUAAUUCUCAAUUCCUGGGCUCUCCAUUCCACUGACCAACUUUCUUGAAGACCCUUCAAGUCUAUGGCUCUGCUAUCCUGAACUCACCUAAUCUCGUCUGAAGACACUUCAAGUCCUUAUUUGUGACCUUAAAGCAAUUAGUCCUUAGUAAUUAGUCCCAACAAAUAGAAGGUAAUGGAUCAGUGUUAAUAGUUCCACAGCACUGGUGUGAAGAUCAUCGCUCUUCUGGGGUUCAUAUCCUCUGGUUUCCUCUCCAAAGCCAUUCUCUGCCCCCUUCCUGAGUAUACCGAGGCCAAUAAAGUCUUCAGUUUUUCAGAGCCAA